AUGGUACAGGAUGAGGAGGAGAACGGGACGGGGGAUGGGCAGAGCUGGGUAGGCAAUGGGCAAGACAAUGUGCCUCAAGGAUUUGCCCUUGUUGCGUUGCGCAGAAAUGCUCUCUCUAUCUUGUCUGGCUGUACCUUGAUUUACCUCACGGACAAAAAACACAGCGGCUGCAGCAAUACUACCGCUAGCAUGUACAGUCGCAGCCAGGGUGGACAAGGACCAACAUAUCUGGAAUUAAAGGCAGCGAGCGAGCAUCAACGGACGGGAGCAGGCUCAGACCUGUGUCUUAGUCGGAUAGCAUCUCACUCUACAGAGCACCUUAACCGUGUGGGCUAUCAUUACUCUACUGCAACAUUUACAUGGGGCCCACGGCUGGACUGCGCGACGACGCAAUGCGUAGUCCAGCUCAUGGAGGGGAAGCCGAACGCAAAAGUACAUAGCAAAGCUGGGGGCGAGGGCAGGCAUGGUCAUAGUACGUACGUCAGGCUUGGAUUGGGUUUCCAUGUUGGCCGGUGCGCAGUGGAGAGGGGCACCCAAGCGAGGAAAGAGGAUGGCCCCAGCUCCAGCUCCAGCUCACCCAUAGUGCCCUCGCCCUCUCACCUCUCAUCACAUCCUUCCCCCUUCGUCGUUCGCCAACCCGUGCAAUUAUCGCUGAGUAGUCCUUCGUUCCCAGAAUAG